ACACACACACACACACACACACACACACACACACACACAGAGGGUUGCAGCUAGGCCUCAUCUUUAAAGUCAGUCCCUAAUCCCCAGCUCUAAUCUGGUCACUGGGUCACUGGGGUGCUGCCUAAUAAUCAUACCACGUCUCCGUCCUUCUUCUACCGUACACGAUAAACACCAUCAUGGCAACCGCAGGACACUUCAUCUUCUCAGUGCUGGUACUGGGCAUAACUCUUGUGGCAGCUUAUGUCGAAGAACUCGAUGACAGAUUUAACGAGAUGCGUAAGAGUGAGUCCUGGCUGGUGGAAUUUUACGCUCCGUGGUGUGAAUAUUGUAAAACGUUCGAGCCGAUAUGGUACGACGUCGCGGCCGAGCUGAAGAGUCAAGGCUCCCACGUCAACGUGGGCAAAAUGGACGCCACCGUCUACUCCGAUGCUGUCACAGAGUUUACAAUCCGUGGAUAUCCUUCUAUAAUCUUUAUAAAAGAAGAGAAGUAUUUUCACUACAAUGGCCGGAGGACGAAAGACGACAUCCUUGAAUUCACCAACAGAGUAUCUGGUCCUUCUGUGCGAGCUCUGACCAGCGUACGGCUCUUCGAGUACGCCCUGAACCACCAUCAGCUUUUCUUUGUUUACGUCGGAGGGAGGUCACCGCUUAAGGGACAGUUUUAUAAAGUGGCAGCUGAAUUUGUCACCUACAACUAUUUUUUCUCCGCCACCGUGGACGUUUUACCGCAGGAAGUCACGCUGCAAGACGUUCCCUCCGUCACGGUGUUCAAAGACGGGACGUACAGCGCCUACAACGAGGUUCGCGACGGCGAUCUUUCCUCCUGGGUGGACCGUGAACGUUUUCCUCGUUAUUUCCUGAUGGACAGCUUCUCAUUGUACCAGAUGGGCGAACGAACUAAACUUGUAGCUGUAGCCGUUGUGGAUGAGAAAAACCCAUCUGCAGAAAGUAUUCGUUAUAAGAGCCUUGUGGAAAAGGCGGCCAGAGAAUACAGCGACCAGUACAGCACGAACUUUCAAUUUGGCUACGUGGAUGGAAACGACUACAUUAAUGGCGUUAUAAUGGGAGAGUUGCCAGUCCCUUCUCUCAUUGUGAUGAACAUGUCCAUUGAUGGAUAUUAUCUACCUGGAUAUACAGUUGAGACCAUUGAAGAUCUUCUCCGGUUCCUCGAUAGCAUCCUGACUGGAAGAUCUGAGUUACUCGGAGGGAACGGAUUCCUGCGGCAAAUAAAGAGACUUUAUUAUCAUGCGACGUCUGCUUUGAAGGUGAGGCACUGCAUUAUUAGGGACGCUGAAGUAAAGAUGAAUCUCACUGAACAAAUACUGGAGAAAUAUUUAAGGCAGUUUUUUUUUUUCUUACAUGACUUCCGAGAGCUCUCUCUUUCCCAUUCAGACGAGUUUCGCAUCAUCUCCCUUCGGUACAUGUUUUCUUAUUUCCUUGCCGUUGGUCGUGAUUGGAUUCCUCGUCGUGGGAAUCUGCACGGCCGAGCGGGUGGAUGAUGAGAAAGCAGACGAUGGAGCUCGUCCUGAGGUCACUCAAAAGAAGAGAGCGGCGGUGAAACACUCUGAAGCCAAGAAAAAGGAUUAACGUGACCAUAAGCACAGCAGCAGUUCCCAGCCCUGGUCCUCGAAUGCCAUUACUUUGAACAUUUGACAGUUUCUCUGCUCUACCACGCACACAUUGACUCAGCAAAGGGCUGUUAGUUAGACAAAUUAGUUUAAUUAAAGCAGAAAAAUCAGUGAAAUAGUCUACAGAUCUGGGAACCACUGUUAUGAUAUUAAAAUUCAUUAAUCAUUUACGGAAACGCAGAUGUUCAAAUUAUAUUAAUAAAAAAUCUCACAUAAUUUAUUAUUUGUAAAGCAUUUUGUAACUUUUUUCUGACUAACAGCACGGAUGCUGGGGUCAUCAUGGAAUUAUCAUUUAAGCAUCAUGAAGUAAGGAAAAAAAAACCAUACUGUGUCAUGAUGAUAUAGGAAAACAAUCAACAACAGGGUGGUGUAACGAAGCAGAAUUACGUUUAUUCCAUUGAAGUUGAUUGUUUUAAAAAAUAAAUAAAUAAAUAACAGCACAGAGCAAAGUGUUUUAUUCCUCUAAAACCACAUCGUACUUUUUUCUUUUUUUUUUAAAAUCCACUUAUAGUUGCUUUUUAAUGUUGUACAACUGCCACAAAACGACUUGGUUCCUGUUCCAUCUUGCUUAUUCUAGCCACAUUUGAGGGUAAACGUUAUUAUUUUAACCUUAUGAUGUGGCUUGUAAAAAUCUUUUGUGUUUUAUAGUCUAACUCACACGAUGUCACAGUAGUCACAAACUAUUUUCUAAUUACAGAGGACAUGAAGCACACUGGAGGCUUUUUUUUUUUUUUGAACACUAACGAUGGAAAUACGUGUUAUUAAAUGAAAUGCUAUUAAAUCACAUUUAUAACGGGGUAUGCAAACUUUUGAACUGAUAUUUGUAUUUUUUUCCCCUCUUAAUAUCUAAUACUAUUUUAUUUGAUGUGAUUUGAUCGGUAUUUGUUACUAGUAAUAAAAAUAAUGACCAUUGCAUAUAUAUUU